AUGGAUCAGAAGUUCCUGCUCAAGAGUUGCUGGUCCAACCGCACUUGGGAGGAGUGCUGCGCAGUUCGCUCCGAAACGUACGGGACGGGUUUGCAGGACUGCUUCCUGGGCGAGAGCGCUUGGCAGAGCUGCUGCAACGUCACGGAAGUCCCUCGGGACAUUUUCAGCUGCAGAGACCGAGGGGAGGAGUGGCGACGACUACGUACGGGUUUAAUCUAUGCGGCACCCUUGCAGCAGCUGCCGAGUCCAGAAAGGAUGAGGUGGCGUGCGUCUGAGUGCUUGCUGGGUGCUCUACUGGCAUCGCUGAUCCAGUUGAGCCUGGAAGGUUUCUUUACCGAUGGCUUGAUGAGCCAGCGAGUGGGUGUGGGUUUCCAGAUUGCGGAGGAUCUCUUCACCUUGCUGCUGAGGAGUCCCAUCUCUGUGAACGAGAUUAUGCUCAGCGGGUGGCACCUGGGGGCUGUCCUGCUGUUCCUGCGACAAUUUCCCCAAAUAGAAAGCCAUGCAGGCCCCUGGCUACAUGAUCAAUCCGUCGUUGGCAGUGAAAGGAGACUUCUGUCAUUCCUGGAGGCCUUACCAGAUGAUCCCAGCCUCCGCAUCCCGCAGGACUUGACCUUUGCCACCAUGAUGUCUCCAAAGUCCAUCAGCACACGGGUGGCCUCCUGCGUGGCUUCCUGGUCGGCCGCAGUGAACUUCCUGCGCGAGGCGUGGCGCGCGGAGACUGCGGAGGAUGAGGCCAUCCAGGAAGAGAUCUCGACACUCCUGGCUCUCGGUGAGACGCAGCUGAAGAAGGAACUUCUUCCAGGUCGCCCAGCUGCGCCGCUGAAGAGACUGCUGGUUGUACCUCCCUUCGUGCUCCACUUGCUCCAGGCGCUGCACUUGCAGCCUGUCGUGCAUGUGGAUCCAUUGGCUUCGUUUCUUGAACUUCCGCCGAUUCUGCGUCAAAAAGCGCUGCCGAGCAGCUGGCAGCGAGGGCGAGGCCAGCCACCUCUUUUGGAGCUGCACCCACUGCCAGCAGAUGACAGCUUGAGUAAUGCUGUCCGCGCCAGAAGGAUGCCUAUCUGCGGUGACUGGAUAUUCCUCGUAGUGAUCUCCAUGCUUGCCAAAGAUGCGCUUGCGACGAAGGCAGGGCCUGCGCAUCCUCUGAGCUGGUGGGAGGUUGGUGCCAACCAGGGCGACUGCAGCACCUUGGCGGUCCACAUGCUGUCUUCUUGGGGGAGCCAAAGCAGACAACGGCAUAACCUCUUUGAAAUCGACGCCACCCUCUUUGAGCCCAUCCGCGACUCAGCAGCUGCGACGCGAGGUUCCGCAGCCGCGCUGCUGAGGCGCCUGCGUCAGAACGGCGAUCAAUCGAAGCUGGCGGUGAGGCAGCUGGCCUUGGGCGCAAAGGUAGAGGACUUGGACAUCAACCUGAAGCGGCGUGCGUCAGCGCAGGCCUCCUUUCGAGAAUGUCAAGGCUUUCCCGGCUUUUGUGAGGUGCAACGAGUCUCCAUGGAGACCAUCGACAACCUGGCGCAGAAAGAGGUUGAGGUGGUGGAUAUGUUGAAGAUUCAUGUCCAAGGCUUCGAGCUCGAGGUCCUCGCCGGAGCGCAACAUGCGCUCUCUCAGGGCCUCUUCUGCCUAGUUCAUCUGCUGACCAGUCCAAUCCAUCGCGAAGAGUUCCUCAGCAAGGAUGCCAUGGAUGCUGCGCUGACGUCCUUGGAACAGAUGUUGAGCAACUACACCGCGAUGGCCGUGAAGGUGACUUCGGGGGAUGCUGAGAUACUCUCCCUGAAACAAGCGCAUGCUCGAAUCAUCCAAAAGAAGACGUUGGAACCGAAGGACCCAUAUGAGGUGCCGCAGCUGGCAAUUCUUGAUUCGAUGGAGCAUCCAUGCGCCGAAGAUGCGGACACUUCCGGCUUUAGACUUGGUGGUUUGACCAGUCUGAUGCUCGGCUCUGCUGCACGCGCCGAAGAUCGGCCUGUCGUACAGAGACCGUUUGAGUGGUCCUUCCUGUGGAAGGACAACCCCGAAGACGGCGCGAAAAGGCGAGGACUGAGACCUGCGGAGAUCGCUGACAUCCUGCGCAGAGACCUCGGAGACGGCAAAUAUAUCCUCACCGGAAAUCUCACAACAGCGAUCUUCGCGAACGAUUGCCGAUUUGUCGAUCCCAACAAUGCCGUGACGGGCCUUGCACAGUCCGGGAGCAUCCAGUACACCCUGACAAGUGACGGGCUCAUCGGCUCCCAGGUUGUCGAUGCUUUGCGCAGCUUUGCCUUACCAGGCUAUGUCGGAAGCACCAGGGCACGGCUUCGACAGGCCUUCCUGCGGCUGGUGGCGCGUGAGCUGGCGGAAGUGCAGCAGGAAGGCCUCCGAGGCGCCUUUCUUCGAUUGGACUGCGAUGGGGACGGUGCUUUGAGCGCUUCAGAUUUGUCUGCUGGGCUUCGAGGCACGGCGCCAAAUGCUCAGAGAGACCGCGACAGCUCCGGCCUCUUCCCCAUGUUGAGCCUCCACGCCCAGAGUGAUGCCGAGGAAUGGCUGGAGGAGAUCAGGUCCUUGGUGGCAACAGCGGGGACAGUGGGAGACAAGAUAGGCUUCAGCGACUUCUUGGCCGUGAUGUUGCCCUACCAUGUCGCUGUGCAGGAGGCACAGCUCAGGAGCGCCUUCAGCCGCUUGGCGGACUCAAAGAGCUCCGGGCGGACUUUGCCAAAGUCCACGUUGCAGACUGCGCUGCAGGUGGGGCAAGCUGUUUCCGACGAGGAAGUGGCAGCCUUGAACGCCGGGCUUCCCGAGGAGCUGAGUUACGUGGAAUUCGUGUAUCUGAAGCACCUCGAGGAUACAUCCAGCGCAUUUCCAUUGCGCCAAGAUGCCAAACUGCUGGAGGUACAUGAGCAAUUCGCUGACGCGGCCUUCUGA